GACGCAAGCCGCACCCGGUAGUGAGUACGACAUACGUCAUUUUGUAGUCCGUUUGACCUCAGGAGAAGCCGGAGAAUCCAUUUGCUGGUGUUAGCUAAGCUGUUGAAAGUUGUGUAACAGUGGAAACAAGAGGACACCGCUCUGUGGAGGUUCAGUUCAGCGCAGUCAAACCAGAGGAGUCUCUCCUCAUAGAUUAACCCUCCAUUUUGUGAUUAUUCUCAAGUAUAAUCCGGCUAAAAUGUUUUCCCUGUCAACGUCGUUUCAACCCCAGCAGGUAAGCCGACUGGGUAGCAUUUUUAAACGUAGCGAAACGCUCUUUUGCUAACCUCUCUGCCCUUUAAUAUCACAUUUAGCUUCACCGCGGAUGUGUUUUAGGGGGAGAUAUGUUACCAGGGGGCUCUUUUGUCUGUUAUUUCCACGUCUCGUGUAACGGUCAAUGACAGAUAAGCUCGGCUAAUGUUAGCAUGUUUGGCAUAUCUCCCCAUACUGAGCCCACGCUUACGUCAGGUUGUGUUAGUCAGCUGUUUGGAAACCGAGAAAAGCUCAAGGUGUGCAGCUUAAGCGGGGAUGUUUGCAGCUUCUGUGACUUAAGACGGAAUACAAGUGAAGCGAAGGGUUGCCAAGUUAAUAUUCAAAGAGCCGAGGUUACGUAACUCACGUACAUCUGACGUGUGAGGGUCAUGCUGCUCUCUGUUUGGAGACAGCUUGAAUAACACUGACAUAAUGCUACUGCCCUUUUUGUGUUAUUUGGAAAUAAAAGCCUGAUGUACGGUGGCCGAGAACCGCCACUGCUGCAAAUAAAAAAAAAAAAAGAAACUGAAGCCCGCUGCAAAUUAAAAAAGAAACGGAGCAGAUAAAAAAAAGCCAGAACAGAAGUUAACCAGUGCUUUUCAAUGUGUCAUUUGGUUAGGCUACAAUGCGCCUGAGUCGAUAUAAAGUUGAACUGAAGCUGACACUACACCGGCAUCCUGUAGAUCGUGUAAAUGUUUAACAAUAUGUACUGUUCCCAUUUUUGGAAAUAGAUAAGAAGAAAUAGAUUAACUCCAUAUCGAUAUCAAUAUAUCGAUAUAUAUUUUUUUGCAUUCUUUUUUUUUUUGCAGCAGUGGCGGUUCUCGGCCACCAUACUAACCCCACGAAACAGUGCUGUUUUCUCAGCGAGCCAAUCUCAUUUGAAUAAAUUUGUCACAACGUGGGGAGAAGUUUGUGUUUACCCUUCUCUGUUUGUGUGUUUGUAAGAUGAUCCUGCCCCUCAGCCAGCUCAUCAAUGCCCUACACUCUCUGAAGAACUCAGCCACAGCUUCAGUCCAGACCCUGCACAAAGACACAGCUUCAGACCACAGUGCAUUCCUAAAAGAGGUGAGAUCCAUAACACAAUGAAGACACGAUACAAUAUGUACUCUAAAAUCUAAAAAAUUCUAUCGUGUUAGAAAUGCUGAACAGGAUAUACUUAUAAAACCCCACCAGGCUAAACACAGCUCUCACAAACAAACUAUUCAAAGGCUUUCAGUGGUUAUAGAAAAAAAGAAAAACAUACUGAAGUUUCUUUCAGUGUCAAACAGGAAAGCAAAUUGUAACAAGUCUUAAACCAGUCUUAAAUACUAGUUGGAAAAAGCCUAGUCCUUUCCGACUGACAUACACACUCCACAGCAUUGUACAGAGAGAGAACAGUGACGCAUAGCUGCAGAACAUGUAGCCCAGAGGUGUACAAGUUGUUUAACAUGCUGUGUGUUAACGCACGGACUCGUAAAAAUCAUCUCUGCAGAUGGAAAGUCACGUAUAGCGAGAUGUAAACAACUAAAUGUGGAACUGUUACAACGAAAGAACUGAAAAAAUCUCCAGUUUUUCAGACUCAGUGUCCACUUUUCUAACCAGGUUACAGUCAGUCCCGGCGUAGAAAACACCUGCUCAGAGGGGGCUGAUAUGCAGAGAUACUGGUGUUUCCGGCUGUGCUUGUAUGGGAAAUCUCUCAGUAUUUACUUUCUACCAGUCUGUUGGCUUUGUUUCUAAAGAUGGGGUUAUAUCUCUAAAAAAGCUCCUAACCUCUGUGUCAGCGGCGGCAGGUGUUGUGCAUCGUUCCUUCACAGUGAGGAGAUGCACUGCUGCCGCCUCUGGCUAAGUGUCUUAGCUGGGCAAAACACCGUCAGCUGGUGGAUUCGCUUUGAAAUAUGGUUUACACUGAAAACACCACCCUGAUUGAAGAGCACAUGUUUUUUUAUGCCUACCCAAUAGAGGAAAAACACCUGCACAUUCAAUCAUUUACUCAUCCCUGCCAUGUUGUCAACCUGCAAGUUUUAAGACUCUGAAUAAUAAAAAGAAACCAUGAGUGAUGUAAAAUAUUCUUUAUAAGGUGUUUAAGACCUUUUUUUGUAUCCGUUCCUCACAGCCCAGUGUGAGUCUGAGGGAUCUCGGUCUGUCAGACAUCAGAGCAGGUCAGCUGGAUGAGCUGGUUAGCAGGCUGCUACCAACACCUUUACUGGAAGAACCUCCCGCUGUUCCCUCGGCAUGGAGGACCAGUCACGUUUCCGCAGGCAGCUUCUUCCAGAACAAGCACGGUGAGCAGCUCGGACUCGAAAUUAGUGUCACAUUAGGGAAGAGACACCUUUAUCUGAUUGGAUUUAUUUCUCUGACAGGGUUUUCGCACAGAAGGUUGGGAGUUUUUGGCUCCCCAAUAUUGCACAGACAAUACCACAGUCCUCUAAAAGACGCUCUUGCAGAGUUACAGUUUUUGCCAGGUAAGAUCCUGACUCAGCCUUCUCCACCUGGUAUUAGUCAGUAAUCUGAUUAUAUACACAAACUACACAGAGAGUAGAGUUCAAUUUGUUUAAUUUUACUAUGUGUCUGUUCAGUUUUGAUCCAGUGUCGAGGUUUUAAGACACUUAGAUCGAAGACCAGACGAGGAGAAUCAAGUUAUGACGGUCCUGUGGAGCCUGAGCCUUACACACCAGCCUUCAUGAAGGUAAACAUGCUUCUGCUGCACUAUUCUACAGGGAUAAGCCAGCUAGAAGAUGUGAUCUCUCUUUAAGCUGACUAAGUUUUUUCUUGCAGGGGUUGCUCCAGCGGGAAAAAGGACAAGAGGCACAGUCGCUGGACCAAGUGCUGAAACAAAAAAACCUUCCAGAGAACCAGCAGGAGGCUUUCAAAACCGGUUUCACCGAGGGCUUCAUGAAGUCUCAGGCUUACACUCAGAGAACACAAGGCAUGUGAAAAUCCUCGGUAGUUAGCGAAACAGUCGCAGCAGGUGUAAAACUUCGAAUUGAUCUUCGAAUUGACAUAAAAGAAUUCUCUCCGCUCUGUUUCGACAGACUCGUUGAGGAGAACCAGGCUGAUCCUGCUGGUCCUCCUCCUUCUUGGUAUUUAUGGCUUGUCAAGAACCCCGUUUCUCUCCGGUAAAGGCUCCUUUUCUGAUGCUGGUUUGUUUCCGUUUUUAUUCUCUCCUAUGCUUGCAAAUCAUCUUAAAAAACCUACAUGCACACUGUGAAUAGAACAAAGCUGAUUAGUGCCUCCAGAGAGGACAGUGAAGGAAAUAGCUCAUAGCACCUUAAAAAUAUCCCCUCUGCCAAAUGCCUCCUGAAAUAGAAGUGUCAGUUGACACUGUCUGCUAGUGUGCAUGUAGAGUUUAAUUGGUCAUUCUGCUGCAUACCAAUGUGUAGUAAUACUUAAGUAGAGACAAUAUGAAAAGGUAGUACGUAGUGAAAUCUCAGUAUUUACAUCUGUGCACUAGCAGGAACUAGCAGUCCAACUAAAUGACAAAUUGCAAUAAAUUGAGAAGGUUUUCUGGCAUCACCAGUUGCUUCAAAUUUUCACAGUGAGGUUUCGCACCACAUCUGGGCUUGACUCGGCGGUCGAUCCCAUCCAGAUGAAGAAUGUGACUUUUGAGCACGUCAAAGGAGUAGAGGAGGCCAAGAAUGAGUUACAGGAUGUUGUGGAGUUUCUCAAGAACCCCCAGAAGUUCACUGUACUCGGUGGAAAGCUGCCUAAAGGUAUAGUUAUACACAAUUUCUCCCCAUUUUCACUUUCUCUUGUUUGUAUUGCACUAUUCUUCCUCACCUGUAUCAUCAUCAUCAACAUCAUUAAGGUUUCCCUUGUUUACAGUGAUGUCUAAAUAUAAACCUGACUUUAUCAAAGAGUAAUACUCAGUCAAAACACCUUCACCCUGAGAUGAAAUGAUCGGAGUUGAUCUGACUUGAAUUUUUUAAGAGAAACAAGAGUGUCGAUCUUCAGCGUGUUAUUUAUGAGUCCAUGUUUGGAGCACAAAAAUUGAAGAUCCAGGUUCAUAACCAAUGGUACUCAGAGCAUUAGACAGCUGGUAGAGUUUGAUAGGAUCCAGUAGGCAAGUUCAGUUAAGAUAAUAUCUAUAAAGGUGAAUAAUCUCUUGAUUAAAAAGAUCUCAUUAUAAAUCUAAGAGCAGAGUGACAGACUGAGUCCAAGGAUGUGAAGGCAGAAGCAGGUCGACAUAAGUACUAUUAUUUAGAAUCAAUUUUAGGUCAUUUUGGUCACAUGACAUGUCCGUCGGAUAGCCAACCUAAAACUAACUUCACCGGUAUUUACUUUUUUUGCCUCGGCUGAUUUUUUUUUUUAUGCAAAAUAAUGUGCCCCCAAAUACAUUUUACAAUUCGCACACAUCUAUUUUUCGUCACAAACGCGAGUGAAAUGGUCGCGCUGUCGAGUCCUGAACUUUAUAAUCUCAUGCUGAUGACAAAUAAAACAGGACCCAGAACUGAUCCCUGUUGAACUCCUUUUGUUAAUGGUAGAAACUGUUUGACUGUUUUCAGCUUGGACUGAAUUAAUCUCAUCUUUUGUUGUUUUUUUUCUUCACAGGGAUCCUUCUUGUUGGUCCUCCAGGCACAGGAAAGACUCUGCUAGCCCGGGCUGUAGCGGGGGAGGCCGACGUGCCGUUUUACUACGCAUCUGGGUCCGAGUUUGAUGAGAUGUUUGUGGGUGUUGGUGCCAGCAGAAUCAGGAACCUUUUCAGUGAGUUUGCUCAAUGUGAGAAAAUCUGAGAGACCGUUAGAAGAUGAAAGAAACUCACUUCUUGUUUUUUUUUUUGGUUUUUUUUGUGUGUGUGUUUUGCAGAAGAGGCAAAAGCAAAUGCUCCCUGCGUGAUCUUCAUUGACGAGUUGGACAGUGUAGGUGGAAAGAGGAUUGAGUCUCCUAUGCAUCCUUACUCCAGACAAACCAUCAACCAGCUGCUGGCUGAAAUGGACGGGUCCGUUUCUCUGCUUCAACAUCAUAAAAACUGCAGACUUUCAAUUUUAUCCAUUAGUCUACAUUAAUGUCAUUUUGUAUCUUACAGGUUUAAACCAAAUGAAGGCGUCAUCGUUGUUGGUGCUACAAACUUUGCUGAGGCUUUGGAUAAGUAUGUUUAUGUUUUCACUAAGCCUGUCUGUGGCUUAUGUAAGAGAAAAACCUGCUUUAAAAACAUAACCAGUUUGAGUUGAGGUCAGUAGAUCUAGUUCAUGUAAACAAAACAGUCCCAGUGUUUCAGCUUCGACUCUGCAAACUUUGUCUGAUACCCCAGGCUGUUUGAUCCGCGUCCUAGUUUCCUUGUGACAGUCUGAUUUGAACCAUUUCAGGCAGACAAAUAAUAAAACAGAUACUAUCAUUGACCUGUUUUUAAAGCAGCUUCUCCGAGACAACAGCUUCGAGUAUUUUACUCACUUAUUUUGGGAGUUUUAAAAAAAAAUACUCUCAACGGGUAAUAAACUUUUAGAUUAAAGAAGCUAAAUGUAGCAAAGGGAUUUUCGCACACUGCCCAACUCGCAAUCAAUCAUUUAUUUGCAGCAUUUCGGCACUAGACCUUCAUCAGGCGAACAGUUUUUUUGUUCAAGAGAAACCAUCUUAAAUAGGGAGGUGUCGUUUCUCCAUGACCAAUCCAGUUCUCACGCGUAAACACAGAGGGACAAAAUCAUCAUGGGGUAAUUUAACCAAAGAGACAGCAAAUAAACAACAAAAAACUUUGUGUGACAUCAGGUUAAAGUAAUACCCACAUGUCCAGAAGAGAAAUCUAUAACAUAGUGAAUCAAACUAUAUAUAAAUCAGUAUUUUAAAAUGUUUUUUAGGAGAUAAGUUUACAUUUUAAGUUAAAAACAGACGAAUUUAAUUAACAAAUCUCCAUAUCUUGUACAAAAGGGCACAUCUAUCAUCAAAAUAUACAUCUAAUAACAAUGAUCCAAAGUUCAUUUUGUGUAUUUUGAACUGCACACACUUACAAUGACAGUGAAUGACAACAACAGAAAAAGUCGUCCAGGUACCGACAACAUUAUGGCUGUGCCUAAUUUCUCAAAAAUGUGGAAUCUGCAAAGAUUUUUGUCUUCACCAAGAUUUUUUUCACUAAUCAGUAGGGGCUCAAAAAUUUAAAGCUUCUUUAAAGAUUAAAGAAGCUCUCAGUAUUUCUUCUCUUUACAUAUAAUGACAUUAAAUUCAACAGAAAGAUGUAUUUUUAUAGACUUUUAGGCUGUCAAGUGAUGGAAAAAAAAAGGAAAUAAAGAAUCCAGGUGUUGGGAAUCUUACUUUUUAUUUGUGUUUCCUUCUUCCAGCGCUCUGGUAAGACCAGGAAGGUUUGACAUGCAGGUGACAGUCCCUCGGCCAGACGUGAAAGGACGCACUGAAAUUCUCAACUGGUACCUCUCAAAGAUCAAGGUGGACCCUGGUAGGUCUCAGUGGAAAAUAUGAAAGAUAAUACCUCACAAAUAAAUCAUUCUGCAGAAACAACUAUAAUUGGUAACUUUUGAGGCUCUACUUCUGGUUAAAACCAUUCAUAGUAUUAAAGCAGUCAGCCUGUGAGAGAAUACCUUUGUUUUCCAUCUUUGUAAAAGUCACCAUUGUGUCUUUAAGUCUUAUAAAGAACCAUUUUUCAUUGUCUGCACUCUCGCAGCCGUUGAGGCAGAGAUAAUUGCACGGGGCACAGUGGGCUUCUCAGGAGCAGAGCUGGAGAAUUUAGUCAACCAGGCAGCCCUGAAGGCAGCCGUGGACGGGAAAGAGAUGGUCACAAUGAAAGACCUGGAGUUCGCUAAGGACAAGAUCCUCAUGGGUGAGUGCACACAGUGAUUCACUCUGCUUCCUGUCAUGUGGGACCGAUUACCUGGACACACUCUAGUUCGGCUGAAAAGAAAGUAUGAAUGAAUGAAGCGUACGUUUUUGUGUUAAUCCCUGAAAAUCCUUUUUGGUUUUGUUCCUUCUCACACCAGGCCCUGAGAGGAGGAGUGUGGAAAUCGACAAGAAGAAUAAGACCAUCACAGCCUACCAUGAGUCUGGCCAUGCUAUUGUCGCCUAUUUCACCAAAGAUGCAAUGCCAAUCAACAAGGCUACCAUCAUGCCGAGAGGACCAACACUUGGCCAUGUGAGCUUCAGCGGCAUCUCCAACUUUACACCACUUUUUUUUUUUAAUCCCCUUUGUUAAAUCUAAAGCUUAUAAUUCUUUUUUAAGGUGUCCAUGCUCCCGGAGAACGACCGAUGGAGUGAGACGAGAGCCCAGCUUCUGGCUCAGAUGGACGUCAGUAUGGGCGGUCGAGUCGCAGAGGAGCUCAUCUUUGGGGAUGACUACAUCACCACGGGUGAGUCAGGAGGACAUGAGGACUUGAUGUGGUUGUGGUGUUUACAGCUACAUACACAACUAUAACAUCGAAGAAGUUCUCCAGGAAACAUAAAUACUGCAAUAAGCACCUACGUUUGGUCUUAAAAAACACUUUAUUAAUGAAUAACAAGAGCCAAAGUUAAAACUGGAUCACUCUGCUAUCAUAACUGCAGAUUAAUGUUCAUUUAAAGCUUUGUUUUGUUUCAUUCUUCAGGGGCAUCAAGUGACUUUGAUGGAGCAACCAAAAUAGCCAAAAUGAUGGUGACCAGGUUUGGCAUGAGUGACAAGGUAUGUUUAACUUGGUUGCUUUGUUUCACAAUGAACAGCGGUUGACUUUGCAGUUAUGUAUUCAGCAUUUAUUAGUGUGAAUUUUUCCUUGACCACCCAGUGACUAAGUAAGAAGUAUUUAAGGUUGUCACUAUAGUAGCGCACUUUGAGGGUGAUUUAUUGAGAAGUUUUCCAUGAAACUGUAGCCUGUAAUUACAUGAAGACAAAGAAAAUCUGUCUAACUCUCAACGACAGUAACUAUCAGUGACUAUUAACAUGAAAAGGUCUACUGUUCCUUCAACCUAAGGUGUCAUUUGUGUUUGCUUGCAGCUUGGUGUAAUGACCUAUGGCGAUAUAACCAAGCAGAGCCCCGAAACACAAGCUGCUGUUGAACAAGAAGUCAGGGCUUUGCUAAAGGUGAGAUAUUCCCACAGCACAUCAGCUUUUUUUGAAACUGAGAUGGUUAUAAAAUCUGUUUCUAAGUUUCGGAUCCUUUUUUUUUGUCUAGGACUCGUACGAACGUGCAAAGAACAUCCUGAAGACCUACAGCAAAGAGCACAAGACGCUAGCAGAUGCCCUGCUCAGAUACGAAACUCUGGAUGCCAAAGAGAUCCAGAUGGUGCUGGAGGGCAAAUCACUGGACCACUAGAUACCUCAGUAUAGAUAUUUUAAACUCUUGUAAAUAUGAAGCUGUGCAGUUGUGCACAGGCCUUUUGGAGGCCUUGUAUUUCAUUUCUUUGUACCCCUCUCAUCAUUUGGUGGAAACGACACAGAAAUGAUUCUGUUAACCCCUUUCGAUUAUAUUUUAUUUUAUUAAUUUUUUUGUCUUGCAUUUCCUGUAGAGAAAACGUUUGUUUCCACAGCGUUUUUAAAGCACUUCAUAGUUCAAUCAGACAAAAGGCUUUUUGUUUUACACAAAUGAAUCUACAGGCUGCAGAUAUCAUUGAGGUUACAUCCAAGUCUUUUUAAGAAAAAAGGCUGCUGCAAUAGUUUUAUACAUCACAAUCAGGAUUCUUUACAAUAUCAGUGAAAAGGCGAAUGAAUUAAACAAAUUUAUGAUUGAUUAAUGUGCGAUGAUUUCAUUUAGACUGCAGGGUCUCGUAUUAAAUUUGUACAGACUUGUGAACACCGUAGGACCUUAAAUUACCUCAAUCCAGAAUGUACCUCUUUGCUGUAGCAAGGUGCAGGUGAUACCCCUGUUCAGUGUUGAACACUUCAUAUGGAUUUAUUCUCUCUGAAUGAUGUAAAUUACAUCUGCGAUAUACUUUCUGUAUGUGUGUUCUUAUUUAUUUAAGUGCCCAAAGAUGUUUCCUUUGUCUGAACUUAGUGGUAGGCCUUUAUGUGUGGAGUUCAGAGGUCAUCUGUAACAGAUAAACGAGGGUUUAUGUAUAUAUUCUGUAAGCGUGUCUUUGUGCUUUGGUUUGUUUCUUUAGCUAAAGCCUUUGAAGCUCAAAUAAAGGUUUCUCUUACUCAUAAA